CUUCUGCGGUUCUGCCCCACGCCCCCAUCUCGCUGCCGAGCGCCCUAGUCCCCUCGCUUCGUCGCUCGUCUUCCUCCUCCUCGCGCGAGCGCCGCCGCCCUCCCUCCGCAUCCCGCGAUGCCUAGCGCCAAGCCCCCUAGCUCGUCUUCCUCCUCGCGCGAGCGCCUCCCCUCCACCGCAGGAACCAGAUCUACGAUCGAGUAAUAAUUCAGGAAAGGAACGAGGAUGUCGGAGCAACGUACGGCAACGGAUCGGGAGCAGCACCUUUACCUCUUGUUUGAUGACUGGGACUCUGGAUUCUCCAUCCGCAAGGUGAGCUUGUCGCGCAGAACAGGCAAACAGCCCUUAUCGUCUGGCUCAGACAAAGAAGGCGUUGAGCCCGUGCCUGAAGUUUUCAUGCACAUGCGGGCGCCGCGUGGGUAUCCCGACUUGUUCACGUCAGCCUUUGGCACCAUGAUCACGGCGAUGGAUACCGACAUGGAUGAUACAGCAGAGGAGGGCAUCCCAAUGAUCGACGUCCAGGAACAGGCCUUAGUCUUUGGACCUGACCCCUGCAACUAUAAUGGUUUUCCAAUCUACUUCCCCGUCGGCGACAAUAAGCUAUUUGUUCUGGAUAUGGGCACAUUUGAUUGCUACCUCCGGACGCCGGAAGAUAGUGAAGAACCGUGGGGGUCGUAUAACCUCGCUUGUCCGCCAUUCGACAGGACCGAUGUCUCCUCCUAUGGCGUGCUACCCAAUGGAUGCAUACUCGUCAGUACUACCAAGAGCACCUUCAUCUUCGACACCACCAAGAAAGAGCAUGUGUGGAAACCAUACGGUAAUUGGGUGUUGCCCUUCACUGGCCGUGGACACUAUGACACCUCGCUGGGGGGCUUUGUCGGUCUCUCCGAAGAUGGGUACCUCUACUGCAGCACCAUGGCUGCCAGCACCAGGACUGGCCUCGACACUGGCAAAACAUUGCACCCUUCCCCUGAUGUCAAGCGCACCAAGAAUGAGGUGUACACUGAGGGGCAGCAUGUAAGUGCCACCCUUGUGCACAUGCGCCAGGGGAGAUUCUGCCUUGUGGAGUGUGUCUCCGCUGAUAACGCAAGGACUGGUCAGGAGCUCAAGUCAUGGAUUAAUGAGUUCAGGUUGCCGCCGGGGGCUGCUGGGUGGGAUUUUGUGGGAGGCGGGCCCCAAGGCGGCCGCUGUAUGUAUCUUCUGAAGACCUUCUCUCUCAUUUAUGACAUGAAAGGAUUCUUUUUGAAGCUUACAGACUGCAAGGUUCGUUGCUACAGCCUGCCUCAUGAAGCAAGGAUUGGUUCCGUCUGUAUGGAUCCAGUGGCAUUUUGGCUGUGAAAUGCUAAAGUCAUGACAAGAGUUGCUAUGUUUUCACUCAGGUGUGACUUCUGCUUCUAUGUUUUAGUUUGGUGUAAUCUCAAACUGUGUUUUUCGUGGAUCCGGUGCUAGCUGAUGUGUGUUGCUAGCUUUUCUAUGUGGUCACUCAGUUGUUACUGCGUUGCUCUUUUGUUAAUUCAGCGUGUAAUCUCUAUUGUGAAUGAACAAUAUGUUUAAACUCAGGUAUUAUUGGUGUGUUGCUUUCCUAUGUUUUAAAA